AUGUCUCGCGUUAAUCGUCAAAAGCACGUUUUGCGUGAACUGGAUGCCGAUGACUUUUCCGUGCCGAAGGAAAAUCAGGAAAUUGUGCGAAUUGUCGCGAGCAAAGGGAACAAUUUGCAUGAAGUUGAGUCAAGUAACGACGAAAAAAGUAACUUUUUGGUGUCGAUGCCCACGAAAUUUCGGCGGAACGUGUGGAUAAAGCGCGGAGACUUUGUCCUCGUCGAGCCAAUUGAGGAAGGAGACAAAGUCAAGGCGGAAAUUGUGCGGAUUUUGACGCCGGAACACAUCAAAGUCUUCAACGAAGAGCAAGUUUGGCCCAAAAAAUUCACGAAAAAGCGGGAACACGAAGAGGAAGAAGACGAAGAUGGAUUAAUUCCGAACAGAAAUCGACCGACUUAUGAAUCUUCAGACACGGAGGAGAGCGAAGAAGAGCAAGAAGAGGAAGAAGAAGAAGAAAAUUGAUUUUUUUUAUAAGGAAACGUACAUUUAUUUCAUAAAUUUCCAUAAAUAUCGUUAAGAGUAUCUCAAUAAUAACUUUUUUUUUGUCUUUCUUUAACAUUAAAAUUUUCGUUGAACCAACGUUAAUUCAACAAGUACAGGCUCCAGUUAAGUAAUUUCGAUCGCAACGACGCUUUUAAGCUACAAAAUGCAAAGUUUCAUGGGAAUGUUCGUGAGUGCUGAGUAAGCUGGGCAAGCUGUGAUGCUUUUUUUCUUAAGAUUAUUUUUUAUAAUUUUUUUUUCGUUUAAAAAUGUACAUUAAGUUUGAAGUGUAAAAAAAAUAUCAUAAAGUGCGAAAAAUUAUUUUAACAGUUAAAAGUGUCAAGAAAUUUAUAUAGAAAUUUUGAUUUAAAAAAAAAAAUUAAAUUAAUAAUUUUAAACCAAAAA